AUGAGAGUAGUUUCUUUGGGUUACAAUCGCCAAUGUGCAGUAAGAGGAGCUGUUGUAAAUAUUCCCAUUUCAUUAUGCAAAACAGUAGAUGUUUUGCCAAGAACCUUCGACCAAACUGAAGUUAUUCAGGUUCACCUUAAACGAAGAUUGGAAUAUAAUCACAGCUUUAUGACGGAGACUAUUAGACCUGCUAAAAUUUUAGCAGCUGCUCAACAAUGGUUAACUAGUAUUGGUUCAAGUGAAGAAGUUCCAUUUAUUUCAAAUGCAGAGGAUCAAGAAUUAGUUCAACAAUUAAUUGAAGGCAAUUCUCAGACAGACAAUAUCACUGAAUUAAAUCCUCAAGAGACUUUAAUUGAUAGUGACCCAGUGGAAAAUCUUCCACUCAAUAGAAUUUCAAUUGCACCAGGAGAAGGCCAACGUCCCUUGGACAUGAUUUUAGACAAAGACUCUGAAGAACUAUCAUAUCCUUCUAUAUAUUGUGGUGUAAAACGAACUUGUACUGCCACUAUUGAAAAGGUUAUAAAAUCAGGAGCUAGACGUUAUGACAGGCGAUGUGCUCGUGUCGACAAAGUGUUGUACUCUUACAAAAAACUGGAAUUAUCCAGAAUUAAGAGCAAUAUAUCUACAUGUCUAAGAAAAAAAAUCGGGCACACAAGUUACACGGCUAGAGACGUAUUAGAUGAUAAUUUCGUCCAAAAUCUAAUCCAACAUGAUGAAGGUUAUCAUAUUCUUAGAGGAAUUCGGUCAUCGCCAGCACAUUGGGAAGGUGAGAAGAAAAAAGUACUGGCAAUGAUAAGACAAUUUGGUUUACCAACUUUUUUUAUAACAUUAUCAGCAGCAGAAUCUCAGUGGCCGGAACUGAUAGUAAUUUUGGCAAAAAUAGUUGAAAAUAAAACUAUAACAGAAGAAGAGGCUACAAAUUACACUACACAAGAAAAGUAUAAUCUAAUUCGUACUGAUCCUAUAACCUGCUCUCGAUAUUUUGAUCAACGUAUACGUCAUUUGUUCAAACACUUCAAAGUUAACGGUGGAAUUUUCGACGAAUUCAAAGUUAUUAAAUUUUAUUGGAGGAUACAAUUUCAACAAAGAGGUUCUCCCCAUGUUCAUGGAAUAUAUUGGAUUGAAAAUUCUCCUCAAUUAGAUAUAACUAAUCAUAAUUCAUUUCCUGACGUAAUUAGUUUUAUUGACAGGUUCAUAAGCACGGACUCUUCUAAAGACGAAGUAAAAGAUUUUAUUGUAUAUCAAGAGCAUAAUCAUAGUAGAUCGUGUCAACGAGAAAUUCGUGGUAGAAAAAUUUGCAGAUUUGGAAUACCACAUCCUCCUUUACCAAAUACAGAAAUUUUGCUACCCCUACCCGAAGACACAAAUGCAGACGAUAUUAAAAGACAUAUUAACAAUUUUGAAAAUAUUCAAGAUUUGCUUAAUGCUAAGUUAUCCAGUAUGGAAGAAGAGCAAAUCAAUUCUUUUGAAAGAUUUUUGUCCAAUGAGCGAAUAAAUAUUUCUUAUGAUGAUUAUAUAUUGGCAUUGAGGUCAUCAUUAAAACAACCAAAAAUAUUUUUAAAGAGAUCUUUCAAAGAUAGAUUUAUUAAUGCUUUUAAUUCCAAAAUAUUAACUAUGCAGCGGGCAAAUAUGGAUAUCCAGUUUGUAAUAGACGCGUAUGCAUGUGUUAGUUAUAUAGUUAACUAUAUUAAUAAAUCUAACAGGGGAGUUUCUAAAAUAUUGCAAGAAGUGAUGGAAGAGAUUAGAGCUGGAAAUUUUACAGUAAAGCAAAGACUCCAGCACAUUGGUAAUAAAUUCAUCUCCGCAUCUGAAGUUUCAGCUCAAGAAGCUUCCUAUAAUAUUUUAGGCAUGCAUUUGUCCCAGUGUAUUAGUCCAGAGGUUUAUAUUAACACAUUUAUCCCGGAAAAAAGAGUCCGCAUAAUAAAAUCUAGACAGGAACUAGAAAAACUUUCAUCUGAGUCUACAGAGAUUUUUCAAACUAACAUUCUUGAUUAUUAUGUUCAACGUCCGGAUAUAUUAAAUAAUAUAUGUUUGGCAUAUUUUGCGGCAUUUUACAAAUUUUCAAAAUCAAUUCGUAAUACUCGCUAUCAAGAAGGAGAGGACGAUUACAUUGAAAGCGAUAUCGACAAUUCCGAUGAAGUUGGUAUUCCUCUUCGUUUACGAAAUAAUUCAGGGUAUGUGUCGAAAAGAGCACAUCCUGCAAUUAUACGAUUUCCAUCAUUUAAUGUGGAAGUAGCUAGAUCUGAUUAUUUCCGAUCAUUAACCAUGCUUUACUUGCCAUGGAGAAAUGAACGUGAAGAGCUUUUAGAAAAUGAUAAUGAACUAACUUGCACCAUCCAUAAAACAACGAUUGAGCAAAAUAGAAUACAGUUUGAAAUUUUUAAAGAAGGUGAACUAGAUGAAAUUAUUCAACAAGUUCAUUCGGAGAUUAAUGACAUUAAUAAUAAUAACGAUGACUACUCAUCGGCAACUCAAUUAUUAGAUGAUGAGUUUAGGGCGUUAGCUGUUCCGGAAAUCGAUAACAAUAUUAAUAUUAUUAAUGUUGAUAAUAAUAUCCAUAACGACAAUAAUGACCAUAACCAAGAUAUCCAUUUAAUUCGUUUACCAGCAUUGAUCAGCGAACUUGACUUAAAAACAUCAAUAUGUAGUCUAAACUAUAAACAACGUAUGUAUCUUCAGCAUUUAUUGCAAAAUGUAAUGGAAAAUGUGUGUUUCUAUGAAUAUGUUGGUGGAGGAGCUGGUGUAGGAAAAAGCCGUUUAAUUAAAACAAUCUAUCAAUCUGUUACACAUAGAUUAAAUAACAUUCCUGGGGCAAAUCCAGAAUUACCAAAGGUGUUAUUAACGGCACCAACUGGAAAGGCUGCUUUUGGUAUUGGAGGAUAUACACUACAUUCACUAUUCUCUUUACCAAUAAACCAAUAUUCCGGUGACGUUCGACCUUUAAGUAGCGAUUUGGUAAACUCAUUGGUUACAAAAUUUAUGCAUUUAAAACUUAUUAUAAUUGAUGAGAUAUCAAUGGUCGGCUCACGAAUGUUAGGGUAUCUUGAUUCAAGACUAAAACAGAUUUUCAAGACUACUCAACCAUUUGGUGGAAUAUCAAUUUUAGUAUUGGGAGAACUUAAACAGCUUCCACCUGUUGGAGAUAAAUGGAUUUUUAGUUCAAAUUCUUCAAAUCCAUAUGGCACCAUUGUCGGAGGAGCACUAUGGGAUUUAUUUAGGUUUUAUGAACUCACUGAAAUAAUGCGACAAAGGGAAGAUUUCAGUUUUGCACAAGCAUUAAAUAAUAUGGCUGUUGGAGAAAUGACAACUGCAAAUAUAGAACUUAUUCAAUCUAGAGUUGUAACUUCCAGUGAUAACAUACCAUCCGAUGCAGUUCAUCUGUUUGUGUCUAAUGCUGAAGCUGAACUACAUAAUAAUUUUCGAUUAGGAAGAAUAACAUCUGAGGAAUUUACUGCAAAGUCAUUUGAUAUAGUAAAAUCAGACAGCUUAUCUGUUGAACGCAAAAGAAGUUUAUUGAACUCAGUUCAUUUUCGAAACAUGAAAACUUCAGAAACUCAAGGUUUAUGUCUUGAAUUAAAAUUAAAGAUAACUGCAAAGUAUAUGAUGACUGUUAAUGUCAAUACCAACGAUGGUCUUGUUAAUGGAGCUUCCGGCGUUUUAAUGGCUAUAGAUGUACAUGAGUCUCGAAAUCCAAUUACACUCUGGAUGCUCUUUUCAGACGAAAACGUUGGUAUUGAAGCUCGUCGUAAGAAACCACAUGCUACGGAACCACUUUGGACGCCUAUUGAAAAGUGUGUAUGA